UCUCCAUGGCAAUUGCUAUUCGCUGCAGCGGAGCGUCAUCGGGUCUUUACCACAGAUGAUCUCUUUGAAACAAUCGUCCUGCUAGCAACUGUUUUCCUUCAGUUUUAUAUUAAUGUUUUGUUUUGCACAGUUACUUUGCUGAAUACUUGCCAGUGCGUGAAUAGGAAACAAAGACACGGAAUGGAUCAGUACAGUAUUCUGGGAAGGAUUGGGGAAGGAGCUCACGGGAUUGUUUUCAAAGCCAAACACAUCGAGACAGGAGAGACGGUGGCUUUGAAAAAAGUUGCUCUGCGAAGACUUGAAGAUGGUAUUCCGAACCAGGCCCUGCGAGAAAUCAAAGCCCUGCAAGAGAUUGAGGACAACCAAUACGUGGUGAAGCUGAAGGAUGUCUUCCCGCACGGCACAGGCUUUGUGCUGGUGUUUGAGUACAUGUUUUCAGAUCUGUCAGAAGUCAUUCGGAAUUCCCAGCGUCCUCUCACCGCAUCCCAGGUCAAAGGCUACAUGAUGAUGCUGCUGAAAGGAGUGGCUUUCUGCCACGAGAACUCCAUCAUGCACCGGGAUCUAAAGCCUGCAAACCUUCUAAUCAGCUCAACGGGUCACCUGAAGAUCGCUGACUUCGGUCUGGCCAGGCUCUUUUCCAAUGAAGGAGAUCGUCUGUACAGUCACCAGGUGGCCACCAGAUGGUACAGAUCACCCGAACUUUUGUAUGGUGCCCGGAAAUAUGAUGAAGGAGUUGAUCUCUGGGCAGUGGGCUGCAUUUUUGGGGAGCUGUUGAAUAACUCUCCACUUUUCCCUGGAGAGAAUGACAUUGAGCAGUUGUGCUGUGUUUUACGAGUGCUGGGAACUCCCAACCAGAAAGUUUGGCCAGAAAUAACAGAACUACCAGACUACAAUAAAAUCACGUUUAAAGAAAACCCCCCCAUUCCUUUGGAGGAGAUCGUGCCUGACACGUCACCACAAGCUGUGGACCUGCUGAAGAAGUUCCUCGUCUAUCCAUCCAAACAGAGGAUCAGUGCUAGACAGGCUUUGCUCCAUCCGUAUUUCUUCACGGACCCUCUCCCGGUACAAAAGGAGUUCCUGACAGACAUGGAGACCUCCGCUGAACAGGCUCGCUGGGUUUCCUCCUCCAUGGUAUCAUCAGAGGUGAUGCCCACUUACCCACCUGACUCCAGCUAUAUGGUCCACACUGAGGAGGGUUCAGUGUACCCCUACACCGAUGCAGAUCACAGCAGCCUGCCCUCUUUGUUCAGCAGCCCUGUCAAUGGUCGUCCAUCUGGAGCAUUUCAAACCAGCUCAGUAUAUCCCGUUUACUCCUCUCCAAUCCUGGGAAACCUGUCCUGGCUGGAAAGUUCGAGCAGCCCCUCUCUAACCAACCUCUUCCCAUCAUCCCCAUCCUCCUGGCACAGCAGUGCGUAUUCCGCAUCCUUCCACGGCUCCACGUCCCUUUCAUCUGCCAGACCGCCUCGUUCUGCCCUUCCCUCCCUUAUCCAGGACCAAAAGGACACCCUCAUUGUGCAGGAUAGCAUGAAAGGAGAGAGGCCGAGUCCUCCUGGAGGUGGGGAGUCGUUUGGCGGUGUGUUUUCCCCUUCAGUGAGCAGUGUGUAUGCGCAGACACACUCCUCGAAAACACACUCGCAGUCACUGAGCCACUACAGUCCUUACGGGAGCUUCACGCAGGACUACAGCAGUUCGCUUCUCUACACACCCUCGUCCUUCUCACCCAACUUAUGCAGCAAGAUGAAAUUCUCUCCUUUAGAGCCGCGUGAGUGUGUAAACUGUGGGGCCACUGCAACCCCUCUGUGGCGGCGUGAUGGAACGGGACACUACCUCUGCAAUGCCUGCGGUCUGUACCACAAGAUGAACGGACAGAACAGACCCCUCAUCCGACCCAAAAAGAGACUGGUCAUCAGUAAGCGAACAGGAACUCAAUGUGCGAACUGUCAGACCAGCACCACCACGCUGUGGAGACGCAACGCCGGCGGAGAGCCCGUGUGUAACGCUUGCGGACUCUAUUUCAAGCUUCACAAUGUGAACAGACCGCUUGCUAUGAAGAAGGAAGGCAUCCAGACGCGCAACCGUAAGGGGUCCAGCAAGAACAGGAAAGGGAAGAAGUUUAGCGCCACAGAGGAGAAUCUAUAUUUUUCAAAGAAUCCUUCAUCUGAUCAGAAUUUCGACUUGUAUUCUCAGAGUCCAGGAGCUCUGGGCGUCUACAGCCACUCUUCCCAUUCACUGCCGCCCACCGCUGCCUUCCACAGCCACGCCAGCCUGCCCUACCCAUACCACCCACCAGCUGCCAUCUUACCCAGCACGGUGUGACAGGAACCAUGGAAAGCUGGAAAAAGUUGUACAAAACACUCACAACUGCCCAGCCAUGUGUUGAGAUACUCAGUAAAAACAUACUUGAAAACUUAACAGAUAUGGAUGCAUGAAAAAACACGUUGCCCUAAAAAUAUUUGGAUGCUUAAGUCACACAUGAUAUCUGAAUGUCAAAACAUCAAAUCAUGUGCAUUUAUUUUAAAAGAAAGACAGAACAAACACACUUUUCAAGUUUGUUAGAUUUGAAAAGCUUGAAAGAUGAAAAAUAUUAUGACACUUUGUGCUUGUGAAGCAUUAGUGGAACAUGUCCAUAGUUAGAAAACUACAUGAAAGUUUUGACAAAGGUUUGGGGUCAGUAAGAUAUAUAUUUUUAAGAAAUUAAUACUUCUA